GGCUGCACCUCGCCAAAAUGGUGGAGGCUUCAGAAGCGUCCAUCGAUUUGGCCUCAUUGUUGAGGGCAAAUAAAGUGGAGGCGCUUCAUACUACUGCCCUCUGUGGUCUUGUUAGAUUUCUUGUAUGGACAAGAGUUUCUGAAGAAGGUUCCUCCUGGAUUAUUAAGUAAGUCUUUCUUUUUUCUAAUAAUCUUGCCAUACUUAGAUAAUUAUCUGUUGUUGGGACGUCCCAUUUUAAAAUUAAUCCGACACCUCUCUAUGGAUGAGCAGAUUCCUAACCAUCAAGUAUGGGCAAAUGGCCGAUUCCGUCAAGUUUAUCGUGGAAAAAUAACCGAUUCCUAUUAGUCGACAGUGGGAAAACAAGUCUACCUCGCCACUUGAACGCUUUAAAGAAUGACAGGGCGUGGAUGGCUGAAACUGAACACAUGCAGUUUAAUAGUUCGUGGAUUGUUACAGACUCUUAGCGGAUGCUAAGCUUAAAUUUGGCACGAACAAAAUAUUUUUCUAAGAGAUAACAUUUAUUAGGUUAAAUGUGAGAUUUCGAUCGUUGCCAUGGCAACGUGGUUGAAAACAUUAAUAUUUUGAAUUUAUGAGGUUUGUACAAAAUUUAGGCAAUAGAUUUGCUUAAGAAAUUGCAAACAGCUAACAACUGAUAACCCUCAAACAACUUAACUUGAAACUUGUGGUCUUGGUAGGUCUAUGCCAUUUUAGUAAAAUCUAACUAGUGGUCUAUCAUCAAUGCUGCAUUCUGAUUGGUUGAGCUGCUACUAGGCUAUAUGUUAUAGCCUACUAGUAGCGCAAAGCGCUGGCUUUUUGGCGGCAAAAAAGGAUUAAAGUCUAACUUUAACUUGCUAAAGUUGUUUUGUCUCGAUAUUUUUUGACCAACUAGUUGGAUUUUACUAAAACAAUUAUUCCUCUUGCCCUCAUGGCCUCUGAGUCAAUAGCCCUUUCGGCCUUCAGCCUCAUGGGCUAUUGACUCAGAGCCCAUUCGGGCUCGAGGAAUAAUUGUUAAAUAUAUGUGAGUUAAGUUUGUUCUUCUCUCACUAGGAUAAGUUUCUGUGGGUACUCCAGUCUACCCCUCUCCUAAAAAACCAAAACUUCCAAAUUUCAUUGAUCUGGAAAGUACUAGACUACGAGUAGUCCCCCAUUUUUCCUCAGGGAUAGUAGGGCGAGCGAAACACGAGCGCACAUGAGGUGAUUUUCACGCGCGCUCGCGUUUCGCUCGCCCUACUAUCCCUGAGGAAAAAUGGGGGACUACUCGUAGUCUAGGAAAGUACGGACACAUUUCAACAAGUUCUUAAGAACUCCUAAGAGCUUUCAGGGUAAACAAAUUUUUAAAAAAUACUAUUACACUGUCCCAUGCACAUUUUUUUUGUGUGUUUUCUGGUUCAUGCUUGUUUCUCAUCCCUUUGGAGUGUUCUGCUUCAGGAAGAACCAUACGUUACAGCGAAACCCUCAGACAUACAGGGCCACCCCUUGUAGAUUUUGUGAGCUUUUCCUAGACAAUCAAAUGACUGCACCUGACGUUUGAACAAUAGCUGUUCAUUUAUCCCUUGGGCAUAUUUUGAGACAAGUUUAGUGAUGAUCAGUUACUAUGGUUACAAAAUAUAGAUGAAGCCUUGAGCAACAUGUAAAAUGAGGUGUUUAAAUGCCUUGUACAUUUGUGUGGGGAAAUGUAAUGUGCUUUUGUUUUGUUUUGACUUUUAGUGCAUCUGAUGGAGUUGAUGUGUGGCACUUACAACUGGACAAAGCACAACUCGAUUCCCAUGUAAGAUAACUCUGAAUAAUAAAACUGGUUUUGUACAUACAGUCAAACUUCUAUAUGGCCACUUCCUACGAUAAAGCAACCAGCUAUUUUAAAGGAGUUGUGUCAUGAAAUUCAGCCAAAUCGGGUUAUUGCAAAAUGCCUAUUGACUUAAAAGAAACAUAAAAAUAACCGCUUUAAAAUACAGUAAAGGAAGGUUAAAAUAACACAACAGAUACAAUAGAAGCCAUGGAUGGGCAAAACUGAAGAAGACUGAAACCAAUUGAAAUUUAGGGUUUUUGAAAACUGUUCAGCCUAACAGUUUUUCAAAGAGUAUUUCUGCUGUUUGCAGCUUCCAAAAUAAUGCUUAGGGGACAUAUUUGUUUGUCUCUAAUUAUCUCUGAUUUUGUCAUUAUUUUAUAUGUAAUUUCUUUGCCUACUUUAAGUUCCAUAGCGAUUGAGGGCGAGUAAUAUUGGCAAAAUAAAACCAAAAGAACUGGACUUCCAAUAUGACACAGGCCCUUUUAUAGCACUAAAAUUUUCCAGUCAAAGCCUUUUGAUAUUAUAGAAUCACUUGGAAAUGACCACUUUUUGUGGUGACUGUGAAAUUGCUUUAACGGCUAAAACUAACAUAAUCUUCAAAUGAAUAAGACAAUUAAGUCUUAUUACAUGGCUGAAUCCCCGAGCAGGCAAGAUGAAGUGUAUCCUGCAUUCUGAUUGGCUACCAGAGAAGGCAAGCCACCUUGGAUUUCCUGUGUUGGUCCUGCAAGAAAAAGUUUGGAUUUUGGCCAUGAUCCUUAAUUAUUGACCAAUAUUAUAAGCUUGUUCAGUCAUGGCUGAAUAUUGGCCUCAUUCUUUUGUGCAUUUUUCAUGGCAGUUGUUUUUCCAAGAGAAAUUGAAAACAAUGCUUAUGCAAAUUUUUGGAGGAAAACUAAGAGUUUUUGAGAAAAGCUUAUUGCACGCAUAAAAUAUGUGCUUUUAUCAAAUCUUGCAGAGAGAACUGGCUGCAGUUGAUGGAUAUGACGCUUACUUUACAAGAUUCAGGUGAGCAUGACACAAAACCAUACAACUCAAACAAAUCAUUUUUUCUCAAAAACAUCAAAGUUUUCCUUUUUUGAAUUUUCCUUAUUCUGUUUCCAAGUGCUUCCAAAUAUGCUAUCCCUUAAAGGGUUUGGUUUCCCAUUUCCUGCAGACUAACACAUUUUCAGAAAGUGAAAAAAAAAAAGGAAAUGUAUAUGUAAUAUUCCUUUAUUGUUUCAAGAACACAGAAUAUCCUUUCCUCUUUGAAGAUCACUAGCAAUGGCAUUUUUUUAUAAGGCCUUUUAAGGGGCAUUUCUGAUUAUAGGUUAAUAGCAAAAUAAACAUGUUUACUGUUUGGCCUAUUACUGGACAAAAAACUGUUGAAAUUAGACAGACCACAGUGCACUGGUGUAGGGUUAAGUUUGUUGUCAUGUUACAGGUCAAAGUUAAAUUCAGGGUAAAAUGUUUUUUCUCUAUUUCCUUUGUCUCCCAGCCCUAGUUAUGAAAACUACAGACUUGGCAACCCCCAAAAGGCAAAAAAAUGUCAGAUUGUGAGCCUAGAGCUGGGGAAAGUAAUAAGAAAUGGGUAAAAAGUCGUGAGAUGUCCCAAAUUUCGUAGUAGAAACUUUCAGUGGGGAAUGUAUGGGUAUUGGAAGUCACUUUAAAGCUGCAGCAAUAAACAUUCCGAUCAAUUUUACUAUUUUAAUUCAGGUUUUUUUAUUUCUAUGUUUUGUUGGAGAUCAUCUUAAAACAAGAGAAACAGUAAGCCUGCACAUAAUUUUGGUGGCAGGGACAAAUUGUGGUAGGCUAAAAUAGUGUAAUCAAGUGCGACCGCAAAGCGUCUUCUUUGUAGAGCUGACUAUCUAUUGUUAGUAUAUACACACUCAGUGAUCAUGGUAAUUCAAGCAAUCUAAUUGGUUAGCUAUCUCGGACUAUGACGUUAUAUUCACCACGCUAGGCGGUGAAUAUGAAGCAGAACAAAAUCGCUGUCGUGAACUGUCGUGUUUUUAGUCCGGUUGCUUAGUGCAAAAUUUUGGUGAGAUCUAUACAGAGCGGACAAAAGCACCAAACUUUGCAUGGUUGUAGCUUAGGGUAUGUUAGUCAAUAUUAGGAUCGGUGCCCACAGCUACCUCUUCAGGAUUUGCAGCAACCGCUCGCUGAAGUUCUCCAACAACCUUCCAUGAUAGGUGCCCUGUGCUGAAAAUUGCAAUCACUUGUUUUUUGCCAUUUUUUGAUGAAAAUCACAUAAAAAGGGAAGUAGAUGAAAAAAGAAGCUGUAUUAAUACUAUUAUUAUUGAAACCAACGACUAAAACAAGUCAACUUAAUGAUAUAGCAAUUAUGAUGUACCACGGUGGGUGUCCUGUGCUAAAAAAUAUCAAUUCCUUUUUUUUGUCCAUUAUUUUGAUGAAAAUCACAUGAAAGACAUGAAAAUAAAAAAGAAAUUGUCUUUUUAUUGAAACCAAUGAAAAAAACAUGCCAACUAAAUGGAAAUUCCAAGGAAGAUGUUUUCAGACGCGUACUAAGUCCCAAAUAGCCUUUCAAGUUGGCGGCUGUGUCUUUUCAUGGACUGUAAGUAUCUACUAGAAUAAAUUGCCGUUUUUUUAGGGGAAAUUGUGUACAAUUUGAAUCACGACAGGUUUAAGGGAAUUUUAAGUUCUUCUUGGUGAUAAAUUUGUUAUCGAAAGCCACAUUUUCUCUUCACAUUUUGUGCCGAUUAUGAAUGACUACACUGAGUUUAUUUUCGUACUGGUUAAAAUUAAUAAUAGUAAAAAUGGCUUCUUUCUAUAGCGCUCAUAUCCUGAGCACAUGGUGUUUAACAAUGUUAAAGACGGAAAAAAAAUUAUAUCUCGAGCAUGAAAUAAGAUAUAUUAAAAUCUAUUUGCAAUUCACAAAGAACAAGAGAAGGAAACAAGAAUUCAUCUGUUUUAAAAUUAUUUUGCCAUUAAAGUUUAUAUAUAAUGAUAAUAAGUCAUGCAAAAAACUAAAUAUACAUUCUAUAAGUAUAGAUAUGUGAUCUGCAGAUAUUUAAGACGUUUUACAAAAGUAUUGACUUACUCUCUAAAAAUUGCGUAAAAAGAUAUGUUCUCAGUCCUUUCUUUUAACUGGCUAAAGAUGGUGACUUGUGAAAAUCUAGCUAAUGGUAGUGAGUUCCACAGUUUAGGGAGGCACACUGAAAAAGUCUUUUCCCCGUGAGUUUUCGAGGUUGUUCUAAGAGUUGCUGAGAUGCGGACCACAAGUUCUCGGAAGGCCUUCGAUAACUGUCCGCUAGAUAGCUAGGUGGAAGGUUAUUAAGUGAUUUGAAAACUGACAAAAUAAGUUUAAAAACAACAUGAUAACUAACAGGAAGCCAGUGAAGGUCAAAUAAAUGAUGUGUUCGAAAAGUUUACGAGUCCGAGUAACGAUCCUGGGGGCAGUGUUCUGAACAUAUUAUUAAAAGUUCCUUCAAGUGCAUUUUCCUACAACCAUAGAGCAAAGAAUUGCAAUCAAUAGUCUGUUUUAGAUGUAAUAAAAGCAUGCACUGCAAUUUCGCUAGACUCCUGUAUGAGACACUUUCUUAUCUUUGAUAAAUUCCUGAGUUGGUGAAAUGAUAACAGGGGCGGAUCCAGGAUUUUUUUUAGGAGGGGGUGCACUCGUCUCUUGCUCUACUUCAACACCAAUAAACCACAUAGUAUUUUUUUUUUGGAGAAUACCAGUUGUAUUAGACAACCGCAGGUCAUCUCAGGGGGGGGUGCGCACCCCCUGCACCCUCCCCCUGGAUCCGCCCCUGGAUAAUCUGCAAAAGAAUGCUGAGACGUGUGCGUCAAACAGCAAGUUGUCAUCAAAUACUACUCCCAGGCUUUGUUGGUGGUGGUUCUUAGCCUUGUAUUACCCAUAAUGAUGUCGCUAAAGGGUGGACGAGUACGGUACAUCGACAAGAUAAGCAUGAUUUCAGUCUUAUCAUGAUUGAGUUUAAACUCGUUUCUACACGCCAAGAUGGAAAUCAGUUUGGAUCGUUGUCAUAUUUACCUAGGGUGAGAAUCGAAAAGAGAGGAUCUGAGAAACCCAUUAAUUUAAUGGAACAAUUAUUUAUAGAACGCUUCUUGACAAUUUACUAGAAUUCAAGAAAGAGGACUGUGCCGUCUUGUUGCAAUUAAGUUUCAUAUUGAAAUCACUACAGUAGUAAACACGUUACUGAAGUGCAAAGCGGCAUCAAUCCUGUCACCUUACGUCCAAGUUAGAAAAAGCAAACUAGAAAAGAGAAAAAAGCAUGUUGAAGCAGAUCAGAAACAGCCAGUUGGAGAUUGUGGCACCAAACGAGCUUGUAAGACUGACACUAUAGCGGGACUGCAAAGUGUGUGCCUCUGUUUGUAACGAAUACAGCUCAAUAUGAAGUUCGGCAACUAUAAAGAAAUGUGUAUCAUUCUCCACUGCAUUUGCUCUGUACUCAGUGAGUUCAACAAAUGCUCUUGAUUUAAUUUCUCGUCUUCCUCGACCUUCCAAGCUGCUCCACUUUUCUUCUUGCGUUCCUCUGACAUGUAUGCCUAUUUUGCACUUCAGCCUUUUUAGUACAUUUUCAAGGAGCAUUCUAUAAAUUAAUGCUUGUACCGUUAAACCUUCUUUUGUUGAUUCUUGGCAAAUAUAACAACGAUCCUAGUUAAUAUCCAUCCUGGUGUGUAGAAAACAUCUCAGCUUCAGAAACCUUUAACUAACCAGUAAGUUAAUAAACUCAGUAUAGUCAUUCAUAAUCGGGACAAAAUAUGAAGCGAAAAUGUAGCUUUCGAUAACACAUUUAUCACCAAGAAGAGCUGAAAACUUCACUUAAACCUGUCGUGAUUCAAAUUGUGCACAAUUUCCCCUAAAAAAACGGCAAUUUAUUCUAGGAGAUACUUACAGUCCAUGAAAAGACACCUUCAAGCAGCCAUCUUGAAAGGUUAGUUGGGACUGAGUACACGUCUGAAAACAUCUUCCUUGGAUUUUCCAUUUAGUUGACUUGUUUUUGUCAUUGGUUUCAAUAAUAAUACAAUUUCUUUUUUUUAUUUUCUUGUCUUUCAUGUGAUUUUCAUCAAAAUAAUGGCCAAAAUCAAGGAAUUGAUAUUUUAGCACAGGAUACCCACCAUGGUAUAUCAUAAUUGCUAUAUCAGUAAGUUGACUUGUUUUAGUCAUUGGUUUCAAUAAUAAUAGCACAGGCCACCCAUCAUGGAAGGUUGUUGAAGAACUUCAGCGAGCGGUUGCUGCAAAUCCUGAAGAGGUAGCUGUGGGCACCGAUCCUAAUAUUGACUAACAUGCCCUAAGCUACAACCAUGGAAAGUUUGGUGCUUUUGUCCACUCUGUAUAGAUCUGAGCCUUUAGCCACCUGACUAUUUGCCAAAGUUUCAUAGUAAAGCCUUUUUGAAAAUACACGAAUAUCCAAGUGCUGAUGACUUUGAAGGCAAUAAAGGACUUCAUGGUGUUUAAACAGCGUGAUUUAUUGUGAAGUGGUUUACUGUAGCUGACAUUUUGUGCGCUCGAAGCUUUGUUUACCACUACAGAGGAAAACGAGGUCGCUUUGUCACUGUUUUGUGAUUUCGGGAUUUUCCCGCAAGACCAAUUUUGCCUAUAAAUAGAAGUUAAUUAAUGGAGAAAAGAGGAAGGCAAAUAUUUUCGAAAAUUGUACGUGCCUGCAAGUUAACAAGGCAAAGAACUUUGGAGAUAAACAAUGCUCACCUUGAUCGUUGCCGUUGACAGCAUUUGCAAGAAGCCACAAAGAAAACUUUCUCAUUCACGGUGAGUUGACAGAAACUAAUAAAGCUCUACUUUUCUUCUCAGAAUUGGGUAGUAAUUUAAAUUUUCCGCGUUUUCUUUUAAACCGUUGGUGCUAAAACUUACAAAACUCGAUACAAAAAGAUUAAAACUAUCAUUUGCCAUGUUUGAAGAUACUGUAAAGAUCUAACUUUUGCGCAUCCACUGUUUACGGCUUCGUGUUCACGCAUGAAUUCACCCGUCAAUCAAACUAAUCGUUUUUUAAUGGUUUCCUUUCUGAUUCUGUUGAGAUCACUUGGUGUGAAUAUACUAAAACAAUUAUUCACCUCAGGCUCAGUUAAUAUUGUUGAAUAAUCCCCGAGACGAAGUCGAGGGGAUUAUUCAACAAUAUUAACUUCGCCUUCGGCGAAUAAUUGUUAAAUAUCUAACUUGGAAAACUCCUAAAUUUUUUGGAGUUUGACUUUAAGAGAAAAUAUGAGAAUCAGUCGCCAACACAGGAGAGCAUGAUAUAGGUUUUGAAAUUGUGAGACUCACGACAGAGUCAUGAGACUUGGCAAGUCUGAAACUAGGGCUAGUAGACAAAGGAAAUUGAGAAUCAACCUGGGUUAAAAAAAUUUCAACCUGAAUUUAAUUUUGACACGUAACACAUAUGCAUGCAACAAAGGAUAUCCUCAAAACCACUGAAUUUAAUUUUCAACAGGUCGGAAUUUGAAAGUGGCCGCAUAUCUGUAGCACAGAUAGAAAAUGAAAUUGCCAUAACAGUUGGUACAGGAAUUCCAUCUCUCUGUUAUGACCUCUACAAAGCAAAAGCAAGUGGAAGGAAAACAGAACUGCAGACAAUUCUUUUCAGACUGGCUGACAGAGUACAACUUACUGAACAGUUGAAAGGUAUUUAUAACAUGUGGUGGAAAUGUUGAAGGUACUAAAAAUUAAUCAAUAAUAGUAAGGCUACAAAACGUAGGAAAUUCUGAAUCAAAUCAGGUUGAAUACUCAGGUGUUUUUGAAGCAAGUAAUGAAUUCAAAAUUUAAUUAAUUAAUUUCAAAUAUUACAGUCAACUCCAUUAACCAACAUCUCCGAUCACCCCCCAAAAAUAUAUAAAAAUCAAAUUUGCAGUUUAAAUUCACGCAACUCAGCCUAAAAGCUGCUCUAGGAUAGGGGGUGGGAGAUUUGGGGGGAAUUCAGCUGUACUGGAUAGGCCAAAGGCACAACCCCACCCCAAAAUUCCUAACCCCCCCCCCCCCGAGACUGAUGCCCAUUUACAUCAUUGUGAAAUGAUGGUUUUUCUGUUUUGCUGUGAACUGUUUAAUAGAUAUUCCACCAAAGAAGACCAGCCAGGCUCCUCCAGUGAAAAGAAAACUAGAGUACAGUCUUAUCGAUCCAGGCAGUAGAAAGUAAGAUUUUACCUUUUUUUGCUCCAGCAUAGUUGAUAUCUUCAACAGUUGAUGCUUCUAUCAGCAGCUCUCCCAGGGAUUCACUCCCCGGACCCCUGGGGAUUUGUUCAAUUUAUUUAAAUACCUUAGCCUGCGUACCAGGCGUUUCCCAUCGAGUAACUGCGCAAAAGUUAGAGCGGGAGCAAAAAAAAGAGACAUUCCUAUUUUGUUUUGUUCUUGUCCCAACUUUCUCGACAAACUGGCGCGGAAACGCUUUCUAAUUUCUACGCUGGCUAGAAAUACUUGGGCCAAAAAGCUAUGACAAAUCUUUAUCCUCAAUUGGGCAACAACAGUAGCCUGCGUAGCAAGCGUUGAGGCCUUCCAAGGGGUAAAAGCGACAUGCGACACGGCCCUGAAAACUGGCGACAUGGGAAUUUUUAAAAAGCGAGAAGUGACAUGCCUACGCUGCUAAAAUGCGACAGCGACAUACUAAACAGUGAAAAACGACGGUGACGUUGGAAAGUUGUGCAUUUUAUCAAUAAAAGUGACUCAGACUACAGGAAAUUGCAUUUCUGAGGGUUCAGAUUUUCCAAAUUUUCCCGCAGGAGCCUACCCUUAAAGAACAAGAAGAAGCGUUCAUCCUUCGCCGCUCACAAAGUUUUGCCAACUGACCACCAUGAAAAUCCUGUUAUAGCCCUGUUGCGAAACAGUUUCUCGCAAAACAAAAAUUACUGGUACAGUUAUGUACACUUCAAAAAACGACAGCGACAUUUGCAGCUGUAGAUUAGGCGACAACGGUCUCCUAAAGCAAGCGACAUUGCGACACAGCUACCCCCCUUGGAAGGCCUCAGCGUUUCCGUGCUGUUUCGGAGCAAAGAAAGACCGAGGAACGAGAUUCUCGGUUUUGGCCGCGCGAGAAAUGAAACGAGAGCCAAAAAAUGAAUCGCUUACUCGCGCCAUUUUUCGCGCGGUCUUUGCUCCGAAACAGCACGGAAACGCUUGCUACGCAGGCUACAACAAUAGGGAAUGAGUGUAUCCUUGAUAGACCAAUCUACACAGAAUUGAAGUUUUCGGAAUCGUGUCGUCAUUUUUCAUUUUUUUGGCGGCAAUUAUUUAUUUCCAGUGCUUGCGUACUGGAAGAUGUAUUGAACACGGGAUCAGACGUAUCGAUCUGUUGCGUCUACUUGAGUCGCGCUUCGUUCUGUAGAAAGAUGUCAACUCCAGCUCAUUUUCUCUCCUUGUGCAUCUAGGCUUAAUGACAAAGACUCAGCCUCUGAAGGAUCAAGAAAAAGAGACAAACGAUCAGAAAUGUGAGGAACAACUUUCUUAACCUGCGUAUAUGUAGCUGGCGGUUUUUCGUGUGUGAUUUUCAGUUUUGGGACAGGGUAUAUAAAUCAGAGCGUUUGGGUCUAGAAUAGGGUAUGAUUUUUCAGGAAACUGAUCAGUUGGUUGAAGAUUUUAUCUAGACUGGGGAAACAGCUACUCUAGGAUAGGGGGAUUUGGGGAGUUUACUCUAGUAUAGGGUAGCAAAACUCAGCUGAACUAGCUCUGGUAUAGGUUAAGGGUUCCAGGGUCCCAGCGGCACAUCCCCACCCAGAAAUUCCUAAAGUGCCCCCUCCGGGGGUUCGGCCCCGCGCGAGGGCAAACGAGUAAACGAUGGGGGAUGGGGAAGGGUCCCUUACCCUCUCUCCCCAACCCCCCUCCCUUUUCCCUUUCUCGCUAUCCCCAACCCCUUUCGACGCCUGCUGCGCAGGCUAAAAGACCGCCUGCAUUCAACCCCUUGAGACUUUCGAAACGCUGGCGGUUUUUCUCCCUGGGGACGUCAGCAAGGACGACGACAACGGCAGCGACAACUUCACCCAAAAGUGAGAUUCGCGCUGUUCCAAAUUUCGUCGCUCUUAUUCAAACCCUUCUAGUGUCAGGUUUUAUACCCAAGCCUGACAUUUUACUCAUAACAUUUUUCAAUCCAAUAUAGUCACACACCAAGUUUAGAAGGAACUUACAAUAGGCCAGUUUUCUAAUAAUCAGGCGAUACAGACACCAUCCAGUUAUCUUAUACCAAGCCAUACAGAAUGGAAGUUCUCGAUUUUAUAAAUUAUUUCCAAUUUAUUUUUGCGUGUACUGAGCUGAACAAUAAAACAGCUCAUAGAACUCAUAAUAACACGGUUUUCUGGUUUAUUCCGCUUCAAUCUACUCACAAAACUCUCGCCAAACUCGAUGAAAAAACCUCGAAGGAAAAGACGCUCUCACUGUUCUCUUUUUUCGUCUCGUAGAGUCCUAGCUUACUCAGCUCGCACGUGCUCAUUACCUUAUUUGGUAGCCCUACCCCUAAUUUGGUAGUGCUGCUCAACGUCACAAAACUGUGAGGGGUAGGGUUGGUAAAUCUCUCGUACAGUACUCUAUAUUUCAAAUAUACAGGCGAAUAUCCGAGAAAGCUUACCGAACACCUGUCAACUCCAGCUCUUUUUGUCUCCUGGUGCAUCUAGGCUUGAUGACGAAGAGUCAGCCCUUAAAAGACCAAGAAAGAGAGAGAGACGACCAGAAAGGUUAGAAACAAAUUUUACGACAUGACUGUUGAAGGAAGAGGAAAUUGUCUCCUUCCAGAGACCUUCUUAGGGAAUCUCGUUACUUAGCACGCUCUUAAAGCUGUUCACAUUAUAUAGAGUUUACUGCUCAAACUAGAUAACAAUUAUUCGCUGAAGUGAAGGUGGCUAGUGGUUGAUAUUUGGCUCAAGAUUAAACUGCCAGUUUCUUAAGGUAGGGUGCCGAUAUUAAUGCCUCUAAACACCGUAAUUUUUAGGGAGUUAUUAUAACUCCAAAAAUGGAGUAAAAAUUUUAGGUACAGGAUAACCCCUUUUUUGGGGUUAUUUUAACUCCUAAUUUAACUCCGAAUUUGGGGUCAUUUUUACUCCUGAAAAAGAGUUCUUUUUACUCCCAGUCUUGGAGUUAAAAUUACUCCGAAAUGGGGUUACUUUUACUCCUUACAGGGGUUGUUUUUACUCUUUUUGGAGUUAAUUUAACUCUGAAAGUGGAGUAAAAAUUUUAGGUACAGGAUAACUCCUUUUUUGGGGUUAUUUUAACUCCUCAAUAUCUGGGGUCACUUUUGCUCCUGAAAAAGAGUUCUUUAAACUCCUUUUUGGAGUUAAAAUAACUCCACGAAAAAUAACUCCACUGUAAGGAGUUAAAUUAGCCCCACUAGAGGAGUUAUUAUAACUCCCUGAAAAUUACAGUGAACGUCAACUAAAACCCAUCUCUUCAAAGAUCGAAGCGUACCUUUAAAAGUUCUUUUACCUGUUUUACCUUAUUUUUUUAUUAUAUGUUUAAUUAACCUGAUGUAAAUAAAAUUGGUAAAUAAAAUGCUGGCGGGAAAGGCGAAACGAAGAUAGUGCGACCACGUAAGAGAGAAUGUAUGGAUGUUGCUAAAAUUGGGUCUGAUAAUUAUGUAAUUAGUUACUCUCAUAGAACUGAUUGUGAAUAGAUUUUGUUCUUUUAAUGUUAACAUAUCCCCACUGCCUACUCAUUACCUCACCGCGUACUAUUUAGUUAUGGGAAAAGUCUGCGACUGCUGAGGCAAUAAGCACGCAACGAGGAUAACACUGAAGUUUGUCAACCGCCAACAGGGGAGGUGGACGGGUCGCGAAAAUUGACCAUGGUCCCGGAGUACCGAUCAUUAAAAUGACCACGUUUUGGGCAGCGCGGCCAAAUUUAUAGUCGGGGGCGCAAAGCAUCACAACCGCUACAAGCAUGCGUGAUUUCGAGGGAUUGCUCACAAAAUUGCAAUCUCGACCCAGAGCUCUUCUGCGCAUGUAAAGGAGAGAGAUCAAGAGAGAGUACGCGUGCAUUUCCAAACUCGUAAGCACUGGGGUCGAGAAUAGGCGGCAUUCUUAUUCACCAAAUAAGUGACGUCACUUAGCAGUAUAUAAAGCAGAAUUUCGUUUAAAAUUAGGAAGAGUGAUAAGUAUUGCGAACGUUGGCCGAGGCUUGUUGAAGCUGAUUGGCAACAUUCCGCUCCCGGCCGGCGUCAGUUUUCGGUCAGCUGCCGCCGUUAUCUCCAUGUAGUUUGUCUCUUCUGGUUCAUGGCUUAGGCGGCAACUUCUGGCGAGUCACAAACGGGAAAUUUGGCGAUGUCUUUGGCCUGUGCGUUUUUUCACCUCUUUACAGCAGGUCGUGGUUUUCCGAGGAAUUUUUCUUUAAUUUUUUGUUUUCCACUUUCGGUCACUUGUUUUCCUCUUUAAUGGUAGUUUUUUUAAGCGUACAGUUCUCCUCUCGGUUUUAUUCUUCAGUCGUAUUCGUUUAAAUUACCUCAUGUUUCGUGUUAAUUUAAGCUACGGUAAGAAGGGCAACAAAACAUGUGCAACUAGUUUUGCAACAUCACUGCAAAUUGAGUUGAAUAGCGAUGUUGGGCGUUUUACCACCCGUGCUCGAACCUGUGUUGCAGCAAAUUAGGUUGCCACGUUUGUUUUCGUUUAUGGUAAAACGCGCAACCUCGCUAGUAUUCAACUCGGUUUGCAGCAAAGUCGCAAAGAAGUUUAUCCUUAGCCGUUUUUUUGUUAGCCGUUGUAUCAUAACCAACCAGGAAAAUACCCCGCGGUCAAACAAAAGAAAUUUGCCAAAGCUAAGCAAAGUUCUUUAAACUUAAGGUUGCUACUUUCACUGUUGGAAUUUAACGAUUUAACCAAAACGCUUUUAAUUUUCUCUCUUUUUUUAUUAAUUUAUUAAUUUGUUUUUGAUUAGAUGGACACAAAACGUGCGUAAGAACGCCAUUGUACAUGGGCUGGAGUGCAUGGGUACAAAAGGAAACAUUAUUCCAGCAAGAACCACUGGACCACCGUGUGAGUGCAAAGAAAGGUGCUUUGAGAAAGUGGACGACAAACGUAAGAUGCACAUUUUGACGACAUUUAACAACAUGCCUGGUAAAACCACACAAGAUCAGUACCUUAGCGGUUUGGUCCUCAGCUUUGACCCCGCCCGGGUUGGUUGUCAAGGAAGGAAAGGGAAAUUCUCUGAAACGAACAAAGGAAGAAGGUUGAACACUUUCAAAUAUUACGUUCCUAAA